AUAGAUAAGUGAGAUAUACUUGUGGGCGGGCGGUCGGAAAUCSGUGUAAAAUAUAAAUGUCAAACGAUAAAUAACGCGGCCAAAAAGCUGGCGACUACGUUUCGCGCGCUCCGAGCCUAAAUUUUUCGRCUCAAAUUGUUUUCCUACUGUUCYCGUCAUACGCAACGCACACGCCCAUCAAAUAAUUACGCCCGACGGAGUGUGGGUUCGCCGUCAAAGCUCUGCGCACCGGUUAAAUUAAACCUGGUGAUAUGGAUCCGUGGGUGGUGACUCCUCAAGAAUGGACACGUUUUUGCACACAUUUUCAAGCAUUGAAACCAGUAAAUGGUGUCAUUACGGGUGAACAAGCUAAGGGAUUUCUUUUACAAUCUAGACUACCUCCAUUAGUACUUGGUGCAAUAUGGGGUUUAGCUGAUACUGAUGCAGAUGGUCGUAUGAAUAUUAUUGAAUUUACUAUUGCUUGCAAGUUAAUUAGUCUUAAACUUAGAGGUUUAGAGCUUCCUAAAGUCAUCCCUAGUAAUUUAUGGAACUCUGUACAGUCUCUAAAUUCAGUUCCUAAAGCUUCAUCUCCACUUCUUACAAGUCCUCCAACAAUGACCCCUGGAAUUGCGCCACCUAUGACGUUGCCAUUAUCAAAUGUGUCUCCAUCAACAAUUUUACCAGCGAUAUCACCUYCAUUAAUACCAGCAGCUCCUUCUCCCAUUGGAACUAUAAAUCCUACAAUAAGUCCAGUUGUAAAUAGUUCUUCUCCGGUUCAAACUGCUAAUUUAACAAAUGAUGUGGCGUUAGUUGGUCAAACUGAACCUGUUAAAUCUGCACUACCUGCUGCACCAUCACUUCCUGGUACACCAGUUGCUUCAAUGCCAAUGCCUAUAUCAAUAGAUUCUCCAGGCAAUCAGGAAUGGGCAGUACCACAUCAAACUAAAUUAAAGUACACACAAAUUUUUAAUACUACCGAUCGCACAAGGACAGGAUUUUUAACUGGAGUUCAAGCCCGUGGUAUCAUGGUGGCUACUCAACUACCACAAAACGUUCUUGCACAAAUAUGGAAUCUCUCUGAUAUGGAUAAAGAUGGUCAAUUAUKCUGUGACGAGUUUGUCUUGGCAAUGUAYUUGUGUGAUUUGGCUAAAUCUGGGGAAAAAAUUCGCAUUCCUUUACCCCCUGAACUUAUACCACCAUCUGUUCGACGCCAACGUCAGAAUAGUUUGACUGCUCCAAGUGAAGGAACUCCUGAGUCUGAUUCUUGUUUGGUAAAUCAAACAACUUUUGAAGAUAAACGCAAAGAGAAUUUUGAAAAAGGACAAGCKGAGUUAGAAAGACGCCGUAAAGCUUUAUUGGAAAUCCAGAGAAAAGAGCAAGAAGAACGAGAGCGUAAGGAAAGGGAAGAGCAAGACAGAAGAGAAAAAAUACGAUUAGAACAAGAAAAAAGAAGACAAGAUGAACUUGAAAUACAAAUGAGAAAACAAAAAGAACUAGAACAGGAAAGAGAAGAGCAAAGAAAAAGAGCUCAAGAACAAAGAGAAGCGGCUCGAAAAGAAAUGGAGAGGCAGCGCCAAUUAGAGUGGGAAAAACAAAGAAGUAUGGAACUUCAACAACAACGGCAGAAGGAACAAGAAACAGUACUUAAAUUAAAGGGCAAAAAUCAAAGCUUGACCAUUGAUCUUCAACAAAUGACUGAUAAAGUGCGUGAGCUAUCACAAAAAAUUAGUGAGACUCGUGCAAGUGUAACCGGGGUAAAAUCUACAAUUGAUAGUAUGCGGACAACACGAGACACUCAAAUGAAUGAAAUGUCACGUUUAAAAUCUACUUUGAAAGAACAAAAUCAACGUCUUAUCACUGUGAGUCAAGAAAAAAUACGUUUAGAAGCCAAGAACAAAAUGAAGUCCAGUAUUGAAACUGCAGAAAUACAAGAACAAACACAAUCAGCAAUUUCAAAUAAAAAAUUAGCAUUCAAAAGCUUACAAGAUAAGAUUGAUGAUCUUAAUUCACAAAUCGAACUCAAAAAACAAGAUGUUGAAAAUAAUAACAGUUCUAUUGAUCAAUUAAAAACACAAUUGACCAAGCUUGUAGAAGAUUGUGAAAAGGUCUAUCCAAGUUAUGAAGAAAACAUUAAGAAAGUUAUAGAAAUGAAGAAAAAUAAAGCAAAAGAAAUGUCAUCUUGGGGAGAUGAUGCAUGGAAUUCAGCACCYACUACUGACUGGGUUGAAGAAAAGUCUGCAUCUAAUUUAGAAUCAAGUGCCUAUAAAAAAUGUCGAGCUUUGUAUGAAUUUGAGGCUCGCAACACUGAUGAAUUAUCUUUCCAACCUGGAGAUAUUAUUAUGGUUCCAUUGGAACAAAACGCAGAACCUGGAUGGCUAACAGGGGAAUUGAAGAACAAAACAGGAUGGUUUCCAGAAUCCUAUGUUGAAACAGUUGAUGGUUCUGAUGACAUUCGUGACAUUAUUGCUAAUCGCCAAGCUCCUUUAGAAGAUAAUUUUGCAUCCACCCAAAAACCAUUAGAAGGAAUUGACGAGUUACCAGAAAAUGAGCUUGGACAAGGAUUUGAAAAUGAUGAGUUUAGUAAUUCAUACCCUAAACUUAUUUUAGGUCGUGGUAAACCAGUGAAUAUUAAAGCAAAAGUAUUAAAUGAUUGGACUGGUAAAGACAGUACUUAUUUGUCAUUGGUUGCUGGUGAUAUAAUUGAUGUAACUGAAAAUCAAGACGAUUGGUGGUAUGGUAGAACUUCAGAUAAUCGUGUUGGCUGGUUCCAAAAAUCUUCUGUGUCCAUAAUUGAAAAUGCAGUCAAAGAUAUUCCAAGCGACAAACAAGAAUAUUAUAUUGUUCUCUAUCCAUAUGAGUCUGUGGAGCCAGGAGAUUUAAACAUGAAUCAGGAUGAAGUGGUUUUAGUAACAAAAAAAGAUGGUGAUUGGUGGACAGGAAUAAUAGGUGACAGAUCUGGAAUAUUUCCUUCUAACUAUGUGCAAUAUCUUGAUCCUCAGCCUAAGGAAACUACUGUGAAUAAGAACCCUCCUUUUGAAACAGCUUCAUCAGUAAAAUCAGAAACAUCUGUUACUUCUUCACCAUUGACUACUCCUAUUAUGCUAGAAUCUCAAAAACUUGGUGGUAGUAGAUCAGUUACACCAGAUUUAACGUCAACAAAGAGGGAAAGCAGUGCAACAGAAGAUAGCGAAAAUGAUGACAAGAUAACUAAAGGAACAAAAAAAGCAGAAGUGGCGACUGUCAUUGCACCAUACACAGCCACUAGCACAGAACAAUUAAGUUUACAACGAGGACAAUUGGUAAAAAUUAGAAAGAAGACUACAACUGGUUGGUGGGAAGGAGAGUUACAAGCAAAAGGACAAAAACGUCAAAUUGGUUGGUUUCCAGCAUCUUAUGUAAAACCAUUAGGUAACACUGGUAGAGCAAAUUCACCCGCUACAAAAAGUAAUCAAUCUGCAAUAAUGCCUGUUACUACUACAACACCUUCCUCCAACAAUACCCUAGAAAAAGUCAUAGCUUUGUUUCCAUUUAAUGCGGUUCACAAUGAUGAAUUAACAUUCCAAAAGGAUGAGAUUAUAACAUUGGUAUCAAAAGAUGAGCAAGCUUGGUGGAGAGGAGAACUAAAUGGAAAGACAGGAUUGUUUCCAAGUAAUUACGUGGCACCUCUAUCUGAAGUGACAAUUAAAGUAAAAUUGAAUAAAGAAGAACGAAAACGACAACAGCAUAUUCACGAGUUGAUUACCACUGAGCAGGCCUAYAUUGAAGAUAUGACUGCAGUACACGAAGUGUUUGAAAAACCAUUGUAUGAAAGUGGUGUUCUCACUACUUCUGACAUUCGUAAAAUUUUUAUUAACUGGGAAGAAAUUAUUGAGUGUAAUCAAAUAUUUUUGACAUCAUUACGAGUGCGUAGAGAUAUGAGUCCUGCCGGAAUUGUACGAAUAGUUGGUGAUAUUUUGUGUGAACAUUUUCCUAGAAUGACUAGAUAUGUGCGCUUUUGUAGCUGUCAAUUAAAUGCUGCAAUCACUCUACAGAAACUAACAGAGACUAACCCAGCUUUUUGUGAAGUUACUAAACGUUGCCAGAGUGAUUCUCGCAUCAAAGGACUGCCAUUGAGUUCAUUUCUUAUUAAACCCAUGCAGCGAAUCACUAAAUAUCCUCUACUAGUACAAAAGAUUUUAGAGCAUACUCCAAAUUCUCAUCCAGAUCGUAUACACUUAGAAGAGGCACUUGCUAAAGCUGAAGAAAUAUGUCUUCAAGUAAAUGAAGGGGUCAGGGAAAAAGAAAAUUCUGACCGUUUAGAGUGGUUGCAAACACAUGUGAACUGUGAAAGAUUAAGCGAAAGGCUAAUAUUUAACUCAUUAACUAAUUCCUUGGGAUCAAGAAAAUUUCUACACUAUGGAUCUUUAUCAAAAACUAAGAGUGGUAAAGAACUUGUUGGGUUCUUGAUGAAUGAUAUGUUUCUUCUUGUUGAACCAGUAAAACCAACUAUUCUGUCUGGACAAUCAUUUUCAUUUGACAAAUUUUUAGGGGAUUCAUUUAAAAUUUACAAACAACCCUUUUUAUUAAUGCUAUUAAAUAUUGCUGACUCGGUGACUGAUAGUGUUGAAUUUCGAAUUGAUUACGACAAUAAACCUAUACUAUUGUCGUCUCCAAGUAUUAAUGAACGGAACUUAUGGUUAAAAAAAUUAAAUGAAGCUAAAAAUAUUUUGAUUGCCAGUGAAAAGAAUCAAAAACAACUAAUGGAAUCAAAAAAAKCAGAUUUUGGGGCUUGUGGCAGAGUCUUAGUUUUUGUUAUGGAUGGUAGAAAACUUCAAACUCCGAAACUAGGCAAAAAAGCUGCUUUCUGCGAAGUUAGUAUGGGAUCUCGAAAACAACGUACACAAUUAAAUGAAUCUCCUGAUCCUAAAUGGGAUUCAUCAAUGCAGUUCCUUGUCAAAGAUAUUCAAGAUGAUAUUCUUUGUGUUACAGUAUUUAAUAAAGGGCAUUAUUCUCCCGAUGAAUUCUUAGGUCGAUCUGAAAUUCGUGUAUCAGAGAUAAUCCAAUCAACUAAGAAUAGUAGAGGACCUCUUACUAAACAUUUGCAAUUGAGAGAAGUACAGACUGGUGUUAUAACUUUAAAGUUGGAUUUAUGCUUAUUUGAUACAAAUUGAUAUGGUAAAUAUCAAUUGAUUUAUUCAAGGAAAACCAUCUCUAUUUUUAAUUGUAGUUCACUAAAUUAUUUAUUGUAUGUUAAGUGUUAAUCUCAUUUUUGAUACCAACAUUAUAUUGAUUUAUAUGCAAAUUGUUUAAUAUGUUUAUAAA